CCCCACCUCUUAUCCUCCUCUUAUUAUUGCUUUCUCUUCUUUUGCAAUGUCUUUCCUCGCUCGCGCCCUCCCAGCAACUCGCACUCUGUGAGCUCCUCCACGCCCCUCCGCAGCACGCACGUCGACGCUGACGCUCUCCUCCGUCUCUCCUCGGGCACUCGGCUUUCGUUAUCCGGUCACGGCUACUCACCCUCCUCAUAUCCCGCUGCGCGCGCUGUCUCAUCCUUCAUUCAUCACUCUUAACAACAGCGCUUUUGCUCCUCGCACCGUCACCCGCUCUACUCGCAUCCCCCAGUACACAAUGGCUGCCCGCUCGCUCCAGACUGCCGCCCAGGUCAAGCCUGGGGACAAGGUCCCCUCUGUCGAGAUCAAGGUCGACGCUAUGGACAAGCGUGUCGACUUCUCGUCGCUCAAGGGCAAGAACAUCAUCGUGACCGUUCCCGGGGCCUUCACCCCCACUUGCUCGUCGCAGGUCCCCGGCUUCAUUGCCGACGCCGACAAGUUCGCCGCCAAGGGUGUCAACGGCAUCUAUGUCGUCUCGGUCAACGACCUCUUCGUCGUUAACGCGUGGAAGAAGAGCAUGGGCGCCCCGGACUCUGUCAAGUUUGCCGCCGAUGACAAGUCGGAGCUCGCCCACGCUCUCGGCACUGUUCUCGACGCGACUGCUGGCCUCGGCGGCCUCCGCUUCAAGCGCACGGUCAUCGUCAUCGAGGACGGCAAGAUCGUCGACGUUGUCGUGGAGGGUGACUCGAGCAAGUCGACCGACACCGCCGCGGACAAGGUCCUUGCCAAGCUCUAAAAGUACAACGGUACACAGUU